AUGACUGAAGGUGAUGCUAAAGCCUACUGGCGCUCCUGCUCCGCCCUGCUGGGUCAGGUUCUGGAGACUGCCUUCAAAGAGGACUUCACUGUGGAGCUGCUCAGCACCAUGGAUGUUGAGGCCACUGCCGGGGCUUUCUGCUGUGACGUGGUGCUCGACCCUCAGCUCGACUCGUGGACUCCCUCUGAGGAGUCGCUGCGGUCUCUCACCCGAGGGGCCCAGCAGCUGAUCCACCAGGACCUGGCCUGGGAGCCUCUGGUCGUGGUGCCCUCUGUGGCUCUGGAGGUCUUCUCACACAGCAGGUGUAAACAAGAAGAGGUGAAGCAGAAGGCAUCACAAAGUCCCACUGGCACCGUGAUGCUCCACAGAUGUGGUGACCAUGUGCUGCUGAGUGCGGGCCCCCUGGUGGGCAGGACGGGCCUCUGCUCCCAGUACGAUGUGACGGCCCUCCACAGCCUGGGGGAGGGUCCCUGGGGCCUCCAGCGCCGAGCACAGGGCCUCUCCCUGCCUCUGCAGAUGGAGGCUCAUCACACGGUGUGGAGGAAACUGAAGCAGCGGGCAGGGAGACUGGUUGAGAUGCCGAAACCUGAAGAAGUGACUCCACCCGCCUCCGAGCAGCCAGCAACAACCUCUGCAUAACCCCACACACACACACACACACACACACACACACACACACACACACACACACACACACAUAGACAUACACACUUUCACAUGUAUCCCAUUGUAUUAUUUGUUGAAUAAAUGUGUAAAAUAAUAUAACAAAUCA